AUGAAUGCUGAAAGCCAGGCGAAUCUCUCAUUGGAGAGUCUGCAAGACUCCGAGUCCUGGAACCUGACGAGCACAGAGGACUGCGACUAUUUCUUGGAUUCCGACAGCAUCAUCUCGACUAGCUGGUUUCGUAGCAUCAUAUACCUUCUGUAUGGCACCAUUUUCGUGGUCGCGUUAACCGGAAACGGGCUGGUAUGCUACGUUGUGCAUAGCAGUCCCCGAAUGAAAACCGUCACGAACUUCUUCAUCGUGAACUUGGCCCUCGGGGACAUCCUGAUAGCUCUUUUCUGCGUACCAACCAGCUCCAUCAGCACGCUAAUACUACAGUAUUGGCCAUUCGGCUCAGUACUUUGCUCUACUUUUAUUUAUUUGCAGGCUGUAUCGGUAUUGGUGAGCGCGUACACCCUCGUAGCGAUCAGUAUAGAUCGUUACAUAGCCAUCAUGUCGCCCUUGAAGCCAAGAUUGAGCAAAUGGCAAGCUCAGCUUCUGAUACUCGCUGUUUGGGUGAUUGCUAUGGUGAUUUCGCUCCCUAUUGCUAUUGUUUCGGGACUUUCUCAACCAAUGGCGAAGUAUGAAAGAUGCAACCAGUAUAUUUGCCAGGAAAACUGGCCAUCGAUGGAGAACAAAUAUUACUAUUCGAUUGCGUUACUGGUUCUGCAGUACGUGAUACCGAUAUCGGUCCUAGUCUUCACGUACACCAGCAUCGCAGUCAUGGUGUGGGGUAAGAGACCACCAGGAGAAGCCGAAAACGUCAGAGAUCAGAGAAUGGCUCGGUCAAAGAGAAAGAUGGUAAAAAUGAUGGUAACCGUUGUAAUAGUGUUCACUGUUUGCUGGCUUCCAUUCAAUAUAUUGAACUUGUUAACGGAUAAUAACGAGACUCUCAUAAGUUGGGCUGGAUUUCCCUUCGUAUGGAUGGUUGUUCAUUGGUUGGCUAUGUCACAUUCCUGUUACAAUCCGGUAAUUUACUGCUGGAUGAACGCGAGAUUUCGAACAGGUUUCAUAGUCGCGAUUAGGCGUCUACCUGGAAUACAUCGAAUUCGUAGAGGGAGACAACGUAACAAUUGUCACGCCAGUACAAUGGGCAUUCCUUUAACAGGCCUAAAUGAUUCAAACCAGUCUGUUCUCCGACGUAUGAACACGUGCACAACCUACGUCAGUGUUCGUCGUAAAACAAAUGGAAACUAUACUGCUCCUGCAAGAAGCGCUAGUUUCCGGAACGACUCCUUCCGCCCAACUACUCAGCAAUUACGACAAUUUUCUUAUCUCGAAUCUCAUUCAGAAGAACAACUGUAA